GGCGUUUCGCUGUCCAGGGGUUAUUGGCUGCUAUGAGUGGAUAGUCAUGCCUUUUGGUUUGAAAAAUGCGGGUGCAACUUACCAACGGGCCAUGAAUGCCAUUUUUCAUGAGCGGAUUGGUGACUUGGUGGAAGUAUAUAUUGACGACAUUGUCGUCAAGUCGAAGGUGACAAGUCACCACCUUUCUCAUUUACGUAGAGCUUUCCUGCGUAUGAGAGCUCACAAGUUAAAAUUGAAUCCACUAAAAUGUUCUUUUGGUGUGAGUGAAGGUAACUUUUUAGGAUUCUUAGUGAGUUAACGUGGCAUUGAGGUCGACCAGAACAAGACCAAGUUCAUCAUUGAGACCAUGACACCAUGCAAUAAAAGGAGUUGCAGCGGUUCCUAAGCCAAGUCAAUUACAUUCGAAGGUUCAUCUAAAAUUGUGCAGGCCGGACCCAAGUUUUCUCUUCGCUGCGCAUGUUGAAGAAGGAAGAUGAGUUUGUGUGGCGGGAGGAGCACCAAAAAGCCUUUAAAGAUAUCAAAAGUUAUUUGGUGAACCCGCCAGUGCUCAACUCACCAAUUAGGAAUCGUCCUUUAAAAUUGUAUCUUUCAGCCACAGACACAUCUGUAGCUUGUCUGUUGGCUCAAGAGAAUGAUUCUGACAGUGAGCAAGUAGUGUACUACUUAAGUAGGUUGUUGAAUGAGGUCGAGCAAAAAUACUCAUUCAUAGAAAAGUUAUGUUUGGUUUUGUACUUUGUUUGUACGAAGUUAAGAUACUACUUAACACCCGUUGAGGUGCAGCUCAUUUUCCAUACUGAUGUUAUUAAAUACAUGUUGUCGCGGCCAAUCAUCAAUGGUAGGAUUGGUAAGUGGACACUCCGAAUUCAAUUUGAAGUAUGUGCCACAACGGGCAGUUAAGGGUCAAGCCCUAGCAGAUUUUUUGGCGGACCAUCCAUGUUUGGAUAUCCCAACAGAGCAAAUAGAAGUUGGGAUGGUUGAGAAGAUGCCCUGGACGUUGUUCUUUGACGGCUCAAAGACACGUUCAGGAGCAGGAGCUUGUGUGGUGUUGACCUCACCAUAAGGUCAUGCCAUACACUUUGCAUUCUCCCUUGAUGUGACAUGUACUAACAACCAAGCGGAGUAUGAAGCUUUGGUUGUUGGUUCGGAGAUGCUUUUAGAUUUAAAGGCAAAGAAUGUCAACGUUAGGGGAGAUUCUCAACUGGUAGUAUACUAAGUUCUUGGUGAAUAGCGUUGUGUUAUUUAUGUGUUAGAGUUGUAUCUUGAGCGUGUCAAAAUGCUGAUUUCUCAUUUUGACAAUGUGUCCAUCAAGUUCAUUCCUCGUAUGGAUAAUGGCAAGGCCAACUAUCUGGCUCAGCUUGCAUCCGACAUUAGAGAGUUUGUCAGUGGAGGAAGAGACCAAAUAUUUGUGCAAACUCUUAGCCCUUUGAUAGAUAGAAUGAAACAAGUUGUUGAGGUGUGUGUGAUUGAAGGUGAUGUCGAGGACUGGCGUGCUCCUCUGGUGAAGUACUUGCAAAAUCCAAGUGGGGAUGCAGACCAUACUACCAAGUUUAGGGCCAGGAACUAUGUCUUACUAGAUGAGACACUGUUCAAAAGAAGGCCAGAUGGUUUGUUGUUCAAGUGCUUGGGGGGCAAGGAGACUUUACAAGCUAUGGCCGAGGUCCACGAGGGGAUAUGUGGAGCACAUCAAGCUGGUCCAUCCAUGAGGUGGAUAUUGCAUCGAUAUGGAUACUACUGGCAAACUAUUGGGCCUGAUUGUGCAUCAUUUUCUAAGGGAUGUGAAGCCUGCCAUUGAUUUGAGACCUAUCGUUAAGCCUCGACCAUUCUUUGGUUGGGCAAUGCAUCUGAUUGGACAAGUCUAUCUCCCAUCAUCUAAGCAACACACCUUUAUCAUUGUGGCUACUGAUUAUUUUACAAAGUGGGUAGAUGCAAAGGCAAUAAAGACGGUGAACCAAGGGGAAGUGAUUUCUUUUAUCAAGGAACACAUUAUUCAUCAUUUUGGUUUGCCAGCCACUAUAACAGCUGAUCAAGGGAGAGUCUUCACUGGAGCACAUGUAAUGUAGUUUGCCAAGGAUCAUAGAAUUAAGAUCAUCCACUCCACACCUUAUUAUGCUCAAGCCAAUGGUCAAGCAGAAGCAUCCAAUAAGGUGGUAAAAGGGAUCUUGUCCAAAAUGAUUGAGGACAAUCCAAGGAAUUGGCAUGAGGUGCUAUUAGAGGCACUAUGGGCUUAUAGGAUGUCACCACGUAGUAGUACGAGAGUGACUCCUUUCUCUUUGACAUAUGGUCAUGAGGCUUUCUUGCCAGUUGAGAUAACGGUAAAGUCUCUACGAUACAUGAAACAACAUGAAUUGACUCCCUCGGAGUAUUAUGAGUCAAUGAUGUUGGAGUUGUCCGAACUGGAUGAGAUGCAACUUCAAGCUCUUGAUAACAUCCAGGUACAAAAGGCUAGAGUGGCUCGGGCAUAAAAUAAAAAAGUAAAGCAUAAGUCGUUCGAGAAAGGAGAGCUAGUAUGGAAGCUGCAUUUGCCAAUUGGUGAGAAGGAUCCAAAAUUUGGAAAAUGGUCUCCUAAUUGGCGUGGUCCCUUCAUUGUUCAUGUUGUGCGUCCCAAUGAUGCUUACUUAUUGAAAGAUUUGGAUGGUAUACAACAUGAGCGCUUAAUUAAUGGCAAGUACCUUAAGCCAUACUUACCGUCCCUUUGGGACAUUAAGGAAUGUCAAUGAUUUAGAAGUUGGCCUAGUGCACAUGGAGACCUAGUCAAAGUUGACAUGGUUUCUAAGAUGUGCAACAUGGCCGAGGAGUGAGAUGGUCAGGAUAAAUCUUUUUUGGAUUGGCCAUUAAAAGGAGUUUGUUUUUCUACCUCGGAAGCAAAAUGGUUGUCGCCCAAAUGAGAGUUUGGAUGGUUGGGUCAAAACAUGGUUACCUUGCCACCCUCUGGAUAGAUUGUACCAUCCAUGUUACUAGAAGCCAAGGAUGGUUGGCCUUAAGUAAUUUAUAACUAUGGUUUGGUUAAGUGGUUGCAUGGAUAGUUGUCCAAGCAAAAGGACAUUAUCCAUGUUGUAUAUGGAUUGUGAUUGAGUUUGGUCGAGUAACCAUCCAUGAUUAAGAGGAGGAGUACCUGAUCUUGGUGACUUAAGGCCGAACAGUAGCAAAAGUCUUGCCAUGGGGAAGCAUCGCACAGCUUUGGAGGUACGGUGAUAUUUUUUUAGUUGUGAAUUAUGGUGAAUGGGAGCAUCAAUUUAUAGAGAAAAGAUUAAUUGUGUCCUAAUAGGAAUGAGUUUCCUUUUGCUAGUAGGAUAUGGGUUAAGAGGUGUGUCCUACAUGAAAAAGAAUUUGUGUUCCUUAUCAAAAAAGGAAAAGGCAAGCCACGUUAUUUGGCUAAAAAUUGUAUUAUUAGCCGAGUUGGUGAGGGACACCCUCUUUGUGUGUUUCGUUUACAUGGCCAGGAAGGAAUUACAUUCCUUAUAUAUUUGGAGACAUGGCUAUAUAAAGCCAAGAUCUGCUUCAAGUGGUUGUGCAUUUAGUAUAGUUGGUGUCAACAACUUAGUCCAUAAGUUCUUAUGAACUAAGUUGUGGGGGGCAUUUGUUUACACCAAAAUAAGUUUUCAUUUAUUAUUACAUAUUUGUACAGCUUGGCCAAUUUAAGUAGCUGGUCCACGUGUACAUUAAUGGUCCAAUUUAUUCAAGUCUGGCCAUAGGGUUUAUGGAUGGUGGUGUCCAACGUAAUGGAUACCAUCCUAAUCCAAUAAUGGAUUGUAGUGUCC